AGCCCUCCUGUCGGUGUCGCUCCUAGGGUAUCAAGUGCUCUCUGGGAGUUUUGAUUAAAGCCCAAAUACCUUCAGUCAGAAGGCUGGGCACUGGAAAAGAAGACCGUAUAGGGGCCUGGAGUGGCUGAGAGAAGAAGCUAAACACUUACUUAUGGCUGUUUAGUGUAAUUAUCCAUCACAUUUGGGAUUGUGGAAGGGAAGUCUUUUAAAAUCAGUUGAAGUCGCCCAAGUUUUGUUCACUUUUUUGGGCGCCGACCAUGGAGAUGCAAAGGUGGUCCACAAGGUGGAAAACGAAAAGGUGGAUUAUGGAUUCCACUGUAACCGCAUUCAUCACUUUAACCCUGGUUCUUCAGGCUACACAUGUCAGAGCAGCUGAACCGGUGGACGUGCUAAAAGUAUUAGAAUUUCACAAUUCCCCCGAAGGAGUUCGGAAAACAUCAGGAUUUUGCACAAACCGAAGGGCGUCUAAGCCGGACACAGCCUACAGAGUUGGAAAACAGGCCCAGAUCAGUGCCCCCACCAAGCAGUUAUUCCCAGGGGGUGUGUUCCCUGAAGACUUCUCCAUCCUGACCACCCUCAGGCCCAAGGCCGGCCUCCAGUCCUUCCUGCUGUCUGUUUACAGUGAGCAGGGCGUGCAGCAGCUGGGGGUGGAGGUGGGACGCUCACCCGUCUUCCUGUAUGAGGACCAGAGUGGCAAGCCUGCUCCUGAGGACUACCCCCUGUUCCGCUCUCUCAACCUGGCCGACGGAAAGUGGCAUCGUGUGGCCAUCAGUGUGGAGAAGAAGACGGUCACCAUCAUCGUGGACUGUAAACAGAAGAUCACCAAACCCCUCCUCAGGAGUGACCGUGCCUCUAUUAACACCAACGGGAUCACUGUGUUCGGAACCAGAAUCCUUGACGAGGAAGUCUUUCAGGGUGACAUCCAGCAGCUGCUGAUUGUGGCCGAUCCUAAAGCAGCUUAUGACUACUGUGAACACUACAGCCCCGACUGUGAAACUCCCCACGGGCACUCCCUGCAGGCCCAGCAGCCUGAGGACGAGUACACUACUGCUGAUGACUUAGAUUACACUCAGUUCUAUGAUUACUCUGAAGUAGAAGGAGAGACAGAGAAUGUUCCAACAGAUGAGUACGAGGCGGGUAGUGACCCUCAGCUAAACAAUGUAGACGGAGAAUACACUGAGUAUACUGACAGUGAGCUUGACUACGGAACUGUAGAGGGUACUCAAACUCAGUCUCCCAUUGCCACCAGUGGACCAAACGAGGCUGUCGAGGAGGAGAUUGUUGCUGGUGACUAUGUUGUCACUGGAGCCGCCCCACUGAGUCAGGAGCCCACCGGUGCCCCCGAGGCUGGCCUGGACAGUGUGGACCCCGGAGUGGACGAGUAUGACUUUAAGGAGUAUGACCUAGGGGGCGUGUUGGACAAUAAGCAGUAUGAGUAUGGGGUGUAUGAUGAGUAUGGAAAUGUGGCCGCUGAGCUACCCAACCACAUGGAUACUGUUGAAGAAGAGGUGGGGCUGGGGGUUCCCGCGGAAACGGAGGAAUUCACCCAGACUGCCGUGGCUGGUGGUGGGGAGAAAGGAGAGAAGGGCGAACCCGCUGUGAUCGAACCUGGCAUGCUGAUUGAAGGACCUCCUGGACCUGCAGGCCCAGCUGGUCUACCAGGCCCUUCAGGUCUGCAUGGACCCCCUGGUGUUGCUGGAGAUCCUGGUGACAGGGGUCCCGCAGGGCGGGCAGGUCUGGCAGGAGCCGACGGUUUACCAGGUCCUCCGGGUACCAUGCUGAUGCUGCCAUUCCGUUUUGGAGGGGACGGAGAGAAGGGACCCGUGGUGUCUGCCCAGGAGGCCCAAGCCCAGGCCAUCCUCUCCCAGGCUAGACUCGCCAUGAGAGGUCCCUCAGGUCCAAUGGGUCUCACAGGAAGAUCCGGUCCAGUGGGUGUUCCUGGUUCUGCUGGACUUAAAGGUGAUAGUGGAGACCCUGGUCCUCAGGGCCCCAGGGGAGUCCAAGGGUCUGCAGGACAAAUAGGCAAAUCUGGCAAGAGGGGUCGUGGCGGAGCCGAUGGCGCCCGAGGAAUGCCUGGAGAGUCAGGCUCUAAGGGUGACAGAGGCUUUGAUGGCCUGCCCGGUCUGCCUGGUGAGAAGGGACACAGGGGGGAGACAGGACCACUGGGACCACCUGGAGCCCCUGGAGAGGAUGGACAGAGAGGCGAGGAUGGAGAGAUCGGGCCAAGGGGGUUGGCUGGAGAGAGCGGUCCUAGAGGUCUGCUUGGGCCCCGCGGUCCACCCGGUCCGACUGGACAGCCUGGUGUUGCUGGAGUGGACGGGCCACACGGUCCCAAAGGAAACAUGGGACCUCAAGGAGAGCCAGGACCUCCGGGUCAGCAGGGGAUCCCAGGGACACAAGGUCUUCCUGGUCCUCAAGGUCCCAUCGGACCGCCUGGUGAAAAAGGACCUCAGGGCAGGUCGGGGUUGGCUGGUUUACCCGGGUCAGAUGGACCUCCUGGUCAUCCUGGUAAAGAGGGCCCACCUGGUGAGAAGGGAGCUUUAGGCCAGUCAGGUCCCCAGGGUCCUAUUGGUUAUCCUGGUCCUCGUGGUGUCAAGGGUGCUGACGGUGUUCGUGGACUGAAGGGUGGAAAGGGAGAGAAGGGUGAGGACGGUUUCCCUGGGUUCAAGGGAGACAUGGGUCUCAAAGGUGACAGGGGUGAGCUUGGUGUGCUUGGGCCCCGCGGGGAGGACGGACCUGAGGGCCCCAAGGGCCGAGCAGGGCCCAACGGAGAGUCUGGCCCCAUGGGUGCUGCUGGAGAGAAGGGAAAACUGGGUGUUCCAGGAUUACCCGGCUACCCAGGAAGACAAGGUCCAAAGGGUUCCAGCGGCUUCCCGGGCUUCCCAGGGGCCAACGGAGAGAAAGGAGCCAGGGGCGUGGCGGGCAAACCCGGUCCAAGGGGGCAAAGAGGUCCAACGGGUCCACGAGGGGGUCGGGGUGCUAGAGGUCCUACAGGCAAGCCAGGCCCUAAGGGCACGGCGGGCAAUGAUGGUCCACCUGGCCCGCCUGGCGAGAGAGGACCUCAAGGACCCCAGGGCCCCGUCGGGUUCUCAGGACCAAAGGGCCCCCCUGGACCACCUGGAAAGGAUGGGCUGCCCGGCCACCCUGGUCAGCGAGGAGAGACGGGAUUCCAAGGAAAGACAGGUCCACCCGGCCCAGGGGGAGUUGUUGGUCCUCAGGGUCCCACAGGAGAGACCGGUCCCAUCGGUGAGAGAGGCCACCCUGGACCCCCAGGUCCACCCGGAGAGCAGGGUCUUCCUGGCUCUGCUGGCAAAGAGGGAGCCAAGGGAGACCCCGGUCCCCAAGGAGCCUCAGGUAAAGACGGUCCCGCUGGUCUACGAGGAUUCCCAGGAGAGAGUGGUCUUCCCGGCACGUCGGGUCCAGCUGGUUUGAAGGGAGGAGAAGGACCUCAGGGACCCUCUGGCCCCGUGGGCUCCCCUGGUGAGAGAGGUGCUGCUGGACCUGCCGGCCCUAUCGGUUUAUCUGGUAGAACUGGUCCUCAGGGGCCCCCAGGACCUGCUGGAGAGAAGGGAGGGCCUGGUGAGAAAGGUCCCCAAGGACCAGCUGGUCGGGACGGAGUCCAAGGUCCAGUGGGUCUGCCUGGCCCCGCCGGACCUCAGGGUCCACCCGGAGAGGACGGUGACAAGGGAGAGGUUGGAGAGCCAGGUCAGAAGGGAAGCAAAGCAGACAAGGGUGAACAGGGUCCUCCUGGGCCAGCUGGUCUCCAGGGUCCCAUCGGUAACCCAGGACCUGCAGGAGGUGAUGGAGAGCCCGGUCCCAGGGGUCAGCAGGGGAUGUUCGGACAGAAGGGAGACGAAGGAUCCAGAGGUUUCCCCGGGCCCCCUGGUCCCAUUGGUCUGCAGGGUCUUCCUGGACCUCCAGGAGAGAAGGGUGAGAACGGAGAUGUCGGUCCGAUGGGUCCCCCCGGUCCACCUGGUCCCAGAGGUCCUCAGGGUCCUAGUGGAGCUGAUGGUGCACAAGGUCCUCCCGGUGGUGUGGGUGCCAUGGGAGGCGUGGGUGAGAAGGGUGAAAACGGUGAAGCUGGCAACCCAGGAACCCCUGGAGAGCCCGGAACUGGAGGGCCUAAAGGCGAGAGAGGAGACAAGGGAGAGGCAGGACCACCCGGAGCUGCUGGACCCGCUGGCGCCAAAGGACCACCUGGAGAUGAUGGACCCAAAGGCAACCCUGGGCCGGUUGGUUUCCCUGGAGACCCUGGUCCACCCGGUGAGGCCGGUGUUGCUGGAACUGAUGGCUCUGCGGGAGAGAAAGGAGAGGAUGGUGAAUCUGGUCAGCCUGGUCCUCCUGGUCCAUCUGGUGAAUCUGGUCCACCUGGUCCUCCCGGCAAGAGAGGCCCCCCAGGAACUGCCGGUGCAGAGGGUAGACAAGGAGAGAAGGGCGCCAAGGGUGAGUCUGGAGCCGAGGGACCCCCAGGUAAAACUGGCCCAGUCGGCCCACAGGGGCCCUCAGGAAAGCCCGGUCCAGAAGGUCUGCGUGGAAUCCCUGGCCCUGUUGGUGAACAAGGACUUCCUGGUUCCUCUGGACAAGACGGCCCACCUGGACCUAUGGGACCCCCUGGUCUCCCAGGUCUGAAGGGUGACCCCGGGACCAAGGGUGAAAAGGGUCAUUCAGGUCUGAUUGGUCUGAUUGGACCCCCUGGCGAGCAGGGAGAGAAGGGAGACAGAGGCUUGCCUGGACCCCAGGGUUCUCCUGGAGGCAAGGGCGACGGUGGUAUUAGUGGAUCUUCAGGUCCUCUCGGUCCUCCUGGUCCUCCAGGCCUGCCUGGUCCUGGAGGUCCUAAGGGAUCUAAGGGUUCAUCGGGUCCUGCUGGUCAGAAGGGAGACACCGGUACGAUCGGUCCACCUGGUCCUCCUGGUCCCCCUGGUGAGGUGAUCCAGCCACUGCCCAUCCAGUCUCCCAAGAAGAACCGUAGACACGCAGACAUGCAGGCGGACGCGGCGGGUACCAUGAUGGACUACGGAGAGGGCAUGGAGGACAUCUUUGGUUCGCUCAACAACCUCAAACAGGACAUUGAGAGGAUGAAGUACCCCAUGGGCACACAGAACAACCCAGCCAGGACCUGCAAAGACCUGCAGCUCGCCCACCCAGAGUUCCCUGAUGGCGAGUACUGGAUAGAUCCUAACCAGGGAUGCUCAGGGGACUCCUUCUCGGUCUACUGUAACUUCACGGCUGGAGGAGAGACCUGUAUCUACCCAGAUAGGAAGUCCAGCGGAGUCCGAAUAUCUUCAUGGCCCAAAGAAAUACCAGGGUCGUGGUUCAGUGAAUUUAAGCGGGGUAAACUAUUGUCAUACGUUGACGCAGCCGGCAACACAAUAAACGAGGUUCAGAUGACCUUCCUGAAACUACUGACUGCCUCGGCCAGGCAGAACUUCACCUAUAACUGCCAUCAGUCUGUGGUGUGGCACGACGAGACCACCGACAGCUAUGACAAGGUGCUGCGAUUCCUAGGAUCCAACGACGAGGAGAUAUCCUAUGACAACAACCCCUACAUCAGGGCCCUCACAGACGGAUGCGCGACGAGGAAGGGCUACGGAAAGACUGUGAUAGAGAUUAAUACUCCCAAAAUCGAUCAGGUUCCCAUCAUAGAUGUCAUGUUGUAUGACUUUGGAGAUGCCAGCCAGAAGUUUGGAUUUGAAGUGGGUCCAGUCUGCUUCCUUGGCUAAUUAAAAAACAAAAAAACAAAAAAACUUGGCGGGGUCAGAAAGAAAGUCAAGACAUUUUGGAUACCACCCAGCCCCCCCCACCCUUUUCCAUGCCACAUGCAAGUUUUGAAUAAAAAAAUGGUGUAGCGAACAUGUCUUGCCAUGUAUGUAUGUAUUACCUAGAAAAAUACUUGUUGCCCUUGUAGGGCUAGAAUCACAUGACUUAAAACUGUUAUGGAGCAAAGGUGAAGGACAUUUGAAGGCGUGGCAGGGAAGGGGAAACAGGAGAAGAAUGAGGGAGGUCGAAAGGAGAGAGACACCUCUUUUCUGGAUUCUCCAGGUGCUGUACAAAAAAAAUGACUACAAUGGUGCUUGUUCAAACAACAAAAUAAAGAGGUGCUAAGAAAGAAGGUGUAUUUUGAUAAUAAAAAAAUGUAAUUAUUAUUUUGUACAAUCUGUUAUUUCUGAAUCCACUUUCAAAACUUGCAUGUGUAUCAGAAUCGCAUCUGGCUCUUAAUUUCAAUGUUCGUAACAAAAGAUAUAUAUAAGUUAAAUAAAUAAAUAAAGACAGACAGACAGAGAGAAAGAAAUAAUUAAGAUAUUUUGUUGAUGAAUAAAUACUGUGUACCUGUUAUGAAGCAAAUAAAAUGAGUAUUCAAACGAUUCCCUAUUUCUAAUGAUAAUGCAUCCCCUUUGUAUAUAUUGACCAUCCAAAGCUCUAGGUUAUUUGCAGUUUUGCCCAUCAAGACCAUAGGUAAACAACUGGAAACUUCUCACCAGCACACAUAUAACAACAUAUCCCACUAAUGUUGUGAACCUGUGCUUGUAUUAAGCAAUCAUGGAAUUCAUUCUUCUUUUUAUUUAAGUAUUUUUGUUUUGAUUUGUUUAAAAAAAAAAAUCUGUCAGUUUUUCUUUUUGGUCGUAUACCUCAAACUUUCUUGAUAACCAUAAGAUCCAUGGAUGUUAUGCCCUGUAUAUAUCUUGGUUAAACAAUUAAGUUUAUAUAUUUUGGGUGGGGAAUUUUUUAAGAAAGAAAUACUUAUCGGUUACACAUCUUCUGUUCAGAUCCUUCUGUGAAUACAAUGAUAAGUCCUUAAGGUGACCCAUUUUUGUAACUAAAAUGAGAAAAUGUUUUAAUGUGCUUUUAAUGGUUCAUUUAAAAUAUUAAAACUGGAUUCUAAACAACAGUGAA